CAUCAAAUGGCUGACACAGAACAGAGAAGAUAGAGUAUGAAACCCCGACGGACAGGUCCCGGCACCGAGAGAGCGAGAGACGAUGGGCGGAAGCACUGUGAGAUCAGAGACACUCGCAAUGGGCGUAGGCCACUGGACGGAGGCUGACCAUAGCAGCAGUUAUCUUGGGCACCUUGGCAUGGAGGUGUGUAAAAUGGUUUCCCACGAUGGACCCUUCCAGGAGAAGAACCCACUUCUGCCAUGGAUCUCUGGGAUGUGUUGGAAACUGUUGAAGGUCUGUCUGUUCUUGCUCAUUGAGUUCUCUCCUACAUGCUUUGGGCUAACAGAACUGAUGGGGAAGAGAGGCGCUUACCAGCAACUGCGUCGUCAGCUGGGCAACGACAUGUUGGGCGAGGAGAAUACAGAGGUUCGACUUCAGUGUCGGCACCUGCUCCAAUCCAGCGCUGGUUUACCUCCCCAGUACAAUCCCUCUGGAGGCAGCGGGUCAAUGGCUGAAGGGAAAUCACCAACUGCAAGCCCCUGCCACAUGAAAACUCGGCUUGAAAGACCAAGUGAAAUGGACUUCAGCUGUACAAAUCCACUCAUUCUAGCCAUGAUCUGGCCAGACACAGAAGAGAACACCCGGUCACUGGACUGGGACGAUGAACAGUCACUGGACUGGGACGAUGACUCAGAGGAGAACAUGGAUGAUGCCCAGUCCAGUGAUUGGUCCACAGAUGAUGAUGAUGACGACUCUUAUGAUGAAGAUGACGACUCAUAUGAUGAAAGUGACACUGAUCUGUGGGGCUCCUUUUUUCAAAAUGACCCCUACAAUCCCUUGAAUUUUUCAGCAUCCACUGGGCACCAAGACCCGACUUGCAAGGACGAUGCAGAGGAAGAUGUUUCUGUGGAUCAGCUUGAUUCUGAAGAAUCUGCAAAUGACGAGCUGUGGGACUCGUUCUUUCAAAACACUGACCCUUUUAACCCUUUGAACUUCUCGGCUUGCACUACCACCCGGGCAUCCAGUAACCAGGAAGUGAAGGAAGGAGCCUCUAACACUAAGCUGCCAGAGACCUCUGGUGUGUAUUUCAACACUGACGUCCCCAAUGGGGAACAGCCUGCACUAACUCUGAAGCAAGAAACCAGUGAGAGCCAGAGGAAAACUGGCAAAAAGGUCCGGUUUUCUCCCGUGGUUGAAAUUCACCGGAUGAUCGUGUGGGACUUUGCCUCGCGAGCUGCUCGUAAAGGUCCCUGGGAACAGUGCGCUCGAGACCGAAGCAGAUUCGAGCGUCGCAUUGCCAGUACCGAGGCUGCCAUUGGCCACUGCUUGGACCCGGAGCACAGGCGCGCUGUGUGGACGAGGCUUUACGGCAAGUGAGCUGCAGAGAGCUGGAGCUCCCCCCCCUGAGCUGGGUUACGGACACAAGCACACCUGGGGACGGGUGGGUGGGGGACAAAAACAGAAAAUGCUGCCAAAGGUUCUGACCAGAAACAUAGUUCCUCUUGCAACAAAUGAGUUCUGACCUGAGUGUUUCCAGCAUUUUCUGUUCUUGUUGUGAAUUUUCAGCAUCCAGUGUUUUUAAUUCUCACUUCUGUCAAGCACUUUCAUUGUAAUACUCACCUGAGACCUUGUAAAAUUGCAAUGAAGCCACUCCUAUUAUUGGGCCUUCAGAUGUUUCUUUUGGUUUGGGGAUGCACUCUGAUUGUGGAUUCGAAACCGAGCCCUCGCCAGCUCCGUGCAGUGCAGAAACUCGUACUUUCAUAAAUUUUGUCCCCGGCGACUGGCACAGUGUUUCAUAAAGGAAUUUAGGAAGGAGACAAAGCAGAACGAAUGAAUGAAAACCAAG